AUGUCAAGAACCAUUUUGAUUACCGGUGCCACUGGCAAACAGGGAAGCAGCAUCAUUGCAGCCCUUCUCAAAGCAAAGGCAGAUUUUGAAAUCUUAGCUAUCACCCGUGAUGCAUCAUCUAAGGCCGCGCAAAAGCUUCCAGGGAUGUCCUCGAACAUCAAACUGGUCGAAGGCAAUCUGAAUGAGGCGGAGAAGAUCUUCGCCAAUGCCCAUAAGGCCACUUCUCAGCCUAUCUGGGGCGUUUUCAGUGUUCAGAUGGUCGCUGGCGCGUCAAACGAAGAAGCCGAAGUGAAACAGGGCAAGGACCUCAUUGAUGCAGCCCUCAAGAACAAUGUCAAACACUUCAUCUACUCGUCCGUUGAUCGCGGUGGUGAUGUGUCUUUUGAUAAUCCCACGCUCGUUCCCCAUUUCAUCACCAAACAUUAUAUCGAGCAUCAUCUGGUCGAAAAGACCAAAGGCACCGAAAUGACCUGGACGAUUCUACGCCCCGUCGCGUUCUUCGAUAACUUGACACCUGAUUUCAUCGGCAAAGUCUUCGCUACUUGCUGGAAGAAUACAGUAAAAGAAAAGCCACUGCAACUCAUCUCGGUAGAUGACAUUGGCUUCUUUGGAGCGCAGGCAUUCAUGUACCCAGAUCAGUACCGAAAUAAAGCUGUCUCUCUUGCUGGUGACGAGCUCACAUACGAGGAGAUGACUGAAAUUUUCAAGGCCAAGACAGGGAAGUCAGUUCCAACCACUUUUGGAUUGGUUGGCAAGGGCGUGAUGGCCAUGGUAAAGGACUUAGGUUACAUGUUCCAGUGGUUUUAUGAUGUUGGCUUUGACACGAAUAUUCAAGAGCUGAAGAGACUCCACCCUGAGUUGAAGGACUUCGGGACUUGGCUGGAGAAUAACAGCGGCUUCGAUACCAAUUAG